GAAAAACUGCCAUGGUGGCUCUUGCUAGCUAGUAUGUGAGGUUGGGCGCUGCAAUGAUGGCAGACGACAAUAAUACUUAUUACGUGACAACAACAUCGGAACAACGUUAGGAAGCCAGUGUGUCUCUUAAUCGUCUGUUUGUGUCAGUGUUAUGGCUGAAACAUGAAGGCCCAAUUACAAGUCACAGUACUGUCAGCCAAGCUGAAGGAAAACAAAAAGAACUGGUUUGGUCCCAGUCCGUAUGUAGAAAUAGCCGUGGAUGGCCAGUCAAAGCGGACUGAGAAAUGCAACAACACACACAGUCCAAAGUGGAAACAGGCACUCACAGUGAUUGUGACUCCUCUCAGCAAGCUGAUAUUCCGUGUUUGGAGCCACCAGACGCUCAAGGCAGACAUCUUGUUGGGAAUAGCCACGCUGGAGAUCCGUGAGACGCUGAAGGCAAAUGACUUGAAAUUGUCUGAGGUGGUCCAGACGUUGCAGCUGUGCUCUGACAGAGACUCCCGGGAUAUUGUGGGCGACCUAUCGGUCUGUCUCGACGGCAUGCAUGUCGACCCCGAAGCCUUCGCCUCAGCAGACAAAGACCAUGCUUCUCUGCUCAAGGAGGAUGCAAGACAAAAUGGGAAAACUGGCAACAGGCCAAGCAGAGAUUCGUCUCCAUCCAGUGACUCUGAUGAAUGGGUCAUUGUACCAGACACUCGCACUGUCAACAGCUCCAGCUCCCCUUCCCAGUCUCCAGGGGGCGCUACUGGUUCUCGUCGCAGUCGACCGACCCGACCUUCUUCCACCCCUGGUAGACCCGCCACCUCACCAACUUCUUCCAGCAGUUCCUCUCCAAGCGAGUUAAGUGAAGGUCUUGCAUCUGACGGCUCAUCCCAGGCGUCUGCCAGUGGGGUUUCAGAUCACCAUGAGGACGCAGGUACAGGCGGUGCAGCAGCAGCGGCAGCAGCACCAGCAGCGGCACCAGCACCAGCCGUGAGGCCUCCUGCUGCAAAUGUCCCCAGACCAGUGGCCCCAGCAGCACCAGCAGCACCAGCCACUGCUGCUUCAAGACCCACGCCCUUGAGCACCGGCCCCUUGCCACCUGGCUGGGAGCAGCGUGUGGACCAAAAUGGACGCAUGUACUUUGUCGAUCACAUUGAGAAGAGGACUACCUGGGACCGACCGGAGGCUCUGCCUACAGGAUGGGAGCGCAGGGUAGACCCCAUGGGCAGGGUUUACUACGUGGACCACAUCACCAGGACGACCACGUGGCAGCGCCCCACACAGGAGUCAGUGCGUAAUUACGAGGAGUGGCAGCAUCAGCGCAGCCAACUGCAAGGAGCCAUGCAGCAGUUCAACCAGCGGUUCAUUUAUGGGCUCCAGGACCAGCUUGCAGCCACGUCCAAUAAGGAGUUUGACCCCCUGGGACCUCUACCGCACGGCUGGGAAAAAAGGACAGACAGCAAUGGAAGAGUGUAUUUUGUUCAUCACCCGACACGGACGACACAAUGGGAAGACCCCAGGACACAAGGGCUGCUCAAUGACAAACCUUUGCCCGAGGGCUGGGAGAUGAGGUUCACAGUCGAUGGCAUUCCCUACUUUGUGGAUCAUAACAGGCGAACCACAACCUACAUUGACCCUCGUACGGGGAAAUCCUCGCUUGAAAACGGCCCGCAGAUUACCUACGUCAGGGACUUUAAAGCCAAAGUGCAAUACUUCAGGUUCUGGUGUCAGCAACUAUCAAUGCCUCAGCACAUCAAGAUUUCCGUUUCCAGGAAAACCUUGUUUGAGGAUUCAUUCCAGCAGAUUAUGAGCUUCCAUCCUCAAGAUCUGAGACGGAGACUGUGGAUCAUUUUCCCCGGAGAGGAAGGUUUGGACUAUGGAGGCGUGGCCAGGGAAUGGUUCUUCCUGCUUUCUCACGAAGUGCUGAACCCCAUGUACUGUUUGUUUGAGUAUGCUGGCAAAGACAACUACUGUCUGCAGAUCAACCCAGCCUCCUACAUUAACCCGGACCACCUUAAGUAUUUCAAGUUCAUUGGCCGCUUCAUCGCUAUGGCCUUGUUCCACGGCAAGUUCAUCGACACAGGCUUCUCCUUGCCCUUCUACAAGCGCAUCCUGAACAAGCCUCUGGCUCUCAAAGACCUGGAGUCGGUGGAUCCAGAGUUUUACAACUCUCUUAUAUGGAUCAAAGAUAAUAACAUCGAAGAGUGUGGUCUGGAGAUGUUCUUCUCAGUCGACAAAGAGAUCCUAGGCGAGGUCACCACCCAUGAGCUAAAACCAGAUGGCGGGAACGUUCAAGUAACUGAGGAAAACAAGGAGGAGUACAUCAGGCUGGUGGCUGAGUGGAGGUUGUCAAGAGGUGUGGAGGAGCAGACCCAGGCCUUCUUUGAGGGCUUCAAUGAGGUUCUGCCCCAGCAAUACCUGCAGUACUUUGAUGCUAAGGAAUUAGAGGUGAUGCUGUGUGGGAUGCAAGAGAUUGACCUUGUGGAUUGGCAAAGGAACACCAUCUACAGACAUUAUGCCCGAAGCAGCAAGCAGAUUCUUUGGUUCUGGCAGUUUGCAAAGGAGAUGGACAAUGAGAAGAGGAUGAGACUGCUACAGUUUGUCACCGGAACUUGUCGUCUUCCUGUUGGUGGCUUUGCUGACCUUAUGGGAAGUAACGGGCCGCAGAAGUUCUGCAUUGAGAAGGUGGGCAAAGAGAACUGGCUUCCGCGAAGCCACACAUGCUUUAAUCGUCUGGACCUGCCUCCUUACAAGAGUUACGAGCAGCUGAAGGAGAAGCUCAUGUUUGCCAUCGAGGAGACGGAAGGCUUUGGACAGGAGUAACCACAGCACCUUUUCCUUAUAUUUGUCUCUGCAGCCCGGAGCUGCUUUUAUUUCUCUGCCACAUCGACUGUAUGCAAUCCCACAGCUGCUUUCAAAAAUCUUUAAACUCUAAGAGACACUUCCCUGCAUUUAGUUAACAUAAGAGUGGACAAUUCUUCACCCUUUUCACAACAUCACGCUUAACGCCGUGCGAGUGUGGAACAGAAGAAGCUCCAUCAGGACCUCCCUGUUAAGACUAUGCACUCAGAUUAUAUUUUCAGAUUAUAUUUGAUUUAUAUAUCUUUUAAAAAGUGAUUUAAUUCAAAUGUCUUAUUGGACUGAUUAAUGUAGCAGAGGCUGUCCCUUUUUAAGAACAUUUUUCAUUUCUUUAACAUAGUUUACACAUGAACUGUGAAGGGCAAGACAGUGGGAUUGUCCCUGACAAAAGCAUGUAGUUCUUCCUUGUUUUAAGUGCAAUAGUUUUGUAGCUGUACCAACAAUAGUUUUGAUGACUUCACGAGAUAAGUUUUCACUCUUUAGUGCUGAUUUUACUCUCUGAUUUGAAAACUGGUGCAGGUUCGAAAAUCUUUUUAGCGUAACUAUUUCAAAAAAGGGCAGUUGUCUCCUGUGUAAUAUAAAUAUAUUGGACCGUGAGUGUUCCUUUUAUCAAAAGUGUGAAUAAUAAUGUUAAUUGAUUACUGAUGAAGUGGGAACAAUCCUGUGUGAUAGAUUUGUAAAAUACGUCCUAUUCCCACUGAGUGGUAGAAAAUACAUGAUACUGGAUAGAUAAUAAAGCUCAAUCAUGAGAUUGAAAGUGACUAAUGUAGUGUAAAUACAGGUACUGUACACAGCGGGAUAAUGUGUUAAACAUCUAAAUACAUAGAAUUCACCCAAGUAGUGGUCCCCUUUUAUGAUUUUGGCUUGGAAGUGGAGCGCUAGCAGGUGACCCUAGUUUUAUAGGGAGUGAUGUACUGUACUGUAUUGAGAUUUCUACAGGAAUUUUAGUUUCCAGGUUUCCAGAUACAAACAUCAAAGCUCCAAGUGUGAUUUGUCCAAAUCAGGUCAAACAAUACCUACAAUUGCAAAUAUGUUAUUAAUAAUAAGGUGCCUAGAUUUUGCCUGUGUUCUUGAUCACUGAGAGUUUAACAUAACCAGUUACUGAUUAAAGAAUAUGUUAUAUCGUCAUAAAGUGAACCUAAUGUAAUUCAAAUUUGCACAAUUCAGAAUUAUCAUUACAGGUGUGAGGCUUGACUAUUUAUGGCCACAACAUUAAGUAUGCCUGUGCAAUUUGAUGACAUAUUUCAUGAGAUAUUUUACCCCUCAGAUGCUAUGGUUGCUAGAAAUGACGCAAAAUAUACUGUGCAAGUAAAUAUCUCUGUCUGACUCUUGUAUUGAAUUUCGCUUGACUGUGCCCGGGGACACACAAUAUUGUGGCUGGUGGUUGUUGCCCAUUCAGACCCAUUAUUAGGGCAAGUGAAAUUAUUUUUUAAUAACAGUUGCAUCUCGGUAACAUCAUUUUAUGAACCACUUCACUUGUACAUCACCUUUUCUCUCUGGGGUAUUUACAAUUAAAGAAAUAAGA